UGCGGCGGGCGGGCGUGGCCCUGGGGAGAGGUGCCGCGGCGCAGGUCUCCCAGGCGGUGCCUUGCGGUCCGUGUUCCGUGGGACACCUUGAAGUUUGAGCGUGCGGAAGGGGCGGGCCUCGGAAAUACUAAUAUUAACAGGCAGGUCAGCCCUCGCCACAGCUGCCUGCCGGCCGCAAGUCAAGGUCGACAUCGCUUCCUCUACAAAAGGAGUCGAAUCCGCCUACCGGAACAGUUCAGUCCAUCCUUGUCUAUUGCCGAGAUGAUGGUGCGGUGGUUGCUGAUGGCGGCAGUGGGCGUGCUGGCGGCGACUGCUGCGGCGCAGAACACCGAUACUCCCUCCGACGAGAAGAGUUCCUCCCCAGGACAGACUCGCCUGGGGAAUGCGGGCGGCGGUCAGGGCGGGUCAGAUGUGAACACCAGGUUCCUGUCACUGGGUCAGCUGGCGAACGUCGGCCAGACUCUGGUGAACAGCUUCCUUGGCAACAAUCGCCCCAACAGACCCGGAGGAGGCUUCGGUAACCGACCCGGUUUUGGCGGCAACUUCGGAAAUAGACCAGGCUUCGGUGGAGGCUUCGGGAACAGGCCAGGCUUUGGUGGAGGUUUUGGCGGCAACCAAGGUUUCGGUGGCGGCUUUGGUGGUAGCCAAGGUUUUGGUGGCGGCUUUGGUGGUAACCAAGGUUUUGGUGGCGGCUUCGGUAACAGGCCUGGUUUUGGUGGUGGUUUUGGUGGCGGUCAAGGCUUCGGUGGAGGUUUUGGUGGUUUUGGAAACAAGCCAGGGCGGUGCCCCCCUGUGCGGCCCCAAUGUCCCCCAACAAGAAGCUUCUCCCCUCCGUCGCCGUGCAGAAAUGACCGGCAGUGCAGCGGCUUCGACAAGUGCUGCUUUGACACCUGCCUCAGGGAUCGCGUGUGCAAACCUGCCCAAUGAGUUUAAGUUUAUAUUUGUAUAUUCACGUACAAAGUAUUUGUUAGUUACAACAUUUUCUUUUUUUAAUAAAUUAAUGAAAUACA